AUGCGACGGGCACGGUCCUGUUUGGCUUAUAUAGGGCUAGUAAGUUCUCUGGCUGUUCUGGCCAGCGAUAACGACUCUUUGGGGCAUGAAAUCGACUUUUCACUUCAUUCCAUAGGAGGCAAUGACUUCGGGGCUAGCGGCAUCGCUCUUCGGCGAUUGGAAGUUGAACGUUUUCUCGGGCUACAGAGUUCUCAAGAAGGGUCUAAUUCACUCAUUCCUGGGCAACGCCUACCCCCUAAUCUCUUCGACCGGCUUGAACAGGCACCGUAUGAUCAUCGAGAGGCGUCUACAGAUGACUCCACACAAGAAGAUCAUUCUGCAUCGGAAGAUCUCUGGAGUUCGUUCCACGAAGGAGUGGACGAGAAAGCAGUAACAGAAACAGACUUGGCGUGUUCUCCGAGAAAGUUUUUGUUUCCUAUGGGCAUGUCUGGGGCCAUUGGGGAUGCCUCGGAGCUACUAAAGGCCUUUAGGCUCUUUGCACAGCAGAACAUAUCUGGGUCGAAGAAGCUUCUCAUAUUUAUGACAGCUGGAAGAGGAGAGGAAAUAAUUAGCAACAGACAGAUCUCUCAGCGCUCUGUGAUGUACUUAAACUUAAGAAAGCAGCACGCUGGAUUUUUCAACCCAAGCGAUGGUGUAGCCGAGUUGAGCGACGACGGACGAUUGCAAGUUGAGGCUCUGCACGGCAUCUUUGCCAAAUUCGCACAGAUGGUGAAAAGCUUGCCCCCUGACCAGCGCAUGCAGACUUGCGUAGACGGGUUUUUUACGUCAACACUGCAGUCUGGCAUUGAGACUUGUUUAGAGGCAUUUACGGAUCAUCUAGAGACUCUGGCUUGUCAGUCUGCGACUGGAGGAGCAUAUGCGCAUCAACAGGAGGACGGGUACAUGUGCUCCGAUGUGCGCCUGAUGGCGGUUCCUCACUUGCGGGAGGUUGUAGAGACGGCCGGAGAUGUGGGGGAGUCCUUUCCCGUUAUCUUGAAGAAAACUAAGUCGUUGCGCAUUCAAAAUGGAUUCCAACGUGAUAUAUUUGACUGCGCUGUGGCGAACUAUGGUAUCCGAUGGAAGGAGCGCCAGAUAGGAGGCCUGGGGUCGAUUCCAGCUUUUUUUGAAGAGGAAGUGGCAUCAGCACGGGAGAAGGCAAAGUCAGACACGGAGGCUGCAGUGGCGGCAGAAUUGCUGCAGUCUUUGGAUAAGUUUGCAUACCCCAAAGGGGCGAAUUGCAGUCGGCGGUUAGAGAGUCUCAUGGUGACCUUCUCUUUCCUAAGAGACUCUGCGCAGCACGAAGCACCAUUUCAGAGGGCCGUAUGGUCUACACCCGAAGAGACAGAACCUGACUACGUUGAGCCGGAUUCAAGUGUCUUGCGACGGGGACUCUCUCUGUUGCGUUCCAUAUGUGCUGUAGAAACAGCUUCUAGAUACAUACUCACGGGUCACCCCAAGCUCGUCGAACGGCUCACUGGCCAGCCUGUGAACAACGGGGAGCUAAUAGCCUUCGCCCUUGAUUGCGCGGUCCUUGCAAAGCGCCUGGCUGAUGCCGGGUUUAGGCCAUGGGAGUCUAGCAAGAAGUAA